AUGAAGGAUGCAACCAAAGACGACGAUGACGGCGAGGAUAGUGCGGAGGGGAGCGACGACGAUGAGUCAAGUGAGGAGUCCAGCGAGGGCUCGAGCAGUGACUCAGGUGAGGAGGAGCAAGAGGCCGAGGAAGCGAGCAAGCCCGCCGCCUCGGAGAUCGCGAGUGCUGCAAAGACAGCAGAGGAGGUGACAAAGAGAAACAGCACCACAAACAAAAGGGAGUGGGACGUGUUCUCUCGGCAGUGCUUGGAUCGCAAGAAGUUUCCUGUGUCACUGGCAAGCCACCUCCAGCGCGACAAAACGGACUUGUUUAACUUGUGGCUCGACAACAACCAGGACCUCCAGAAGGUGGCGAUCGUGGUGGAAAGAUCCGUGGAGCAGAAGACCACAUCGCGUUCUGGGUUUGAGGCGAGCAAAGCCCGGGACAUCAUUAAGAUGUAUGGUGAAACGAAAGGGCAAAAGCUCGUCAAGGCUUUGAGAGCCAAGGGCCGCUUCUACUGGGAUGAUGAUUUUCCAGAGGAUGAGGAGGAAAUCUUCUAUUAUACCCACGCGCGACGAAAAGUUCUCAACGACAACAGCACCGCGAACAAGCUCAAGAUCGAAGCCCACGAGUCCAACCCGGACACAGCCCUCGUCGCCUCCCUCACAGGGGAGGAGGGGCCGCUCCACGCCGGAGCGAUGCCUGGGAUGAAGAUCGACAAUAUAGAAGGGGAAAAAGAUCUGGCUCUGGCUUUGAGCAACGGUGGCACUGUGGGCAAGAUCAAGCCGCCCAAGAAAAAAACCGAAACGACCGAGAAAGUGCUGCCCACGACUUCGAAGGAGCGAGCAGAGGCUGUGCUCGACGACAUCUUAAAGGACGGCGGGGCUGCGAGAAAGUUGGCCUUGGCCCUUGCACACGUGGAGUACGGGGACUCGUUGAAGCAGGAGCUCAUGGAUUUCAGUGCGAAGAUGGAAGACCUCUACUCGAGCCUGCAGCGUCUCAUCCUGAAGAAGGUUACAAAAGCCAAGAAGUACGACCCGUUCCUGAAUGAAGUAGAGGAAAGGGGCGCCUGGUACAAAAAAGCAGAGAAAGCAGCGCGUGGCCUGCUGGCGGGAUUGAAGAAGAAGAAGAAAACGACGACCAAGGCUAAAGCAGGGGCUGCAGCUCCCGACAAGCCCAGCGAGGGAACCCCGGAGCGCGGUGAGAGCAAGCAGUGA